AAAAGCAAAAAUGGCGAUUAAAGGGUCUCUUCUUGUGUUAUUCACUGCUAUUGUUGGAUCAGUGGCUUGGAAUGAAAGUGCUGGUGGGCCGGAAGGUGCUCGUGGCCCAGAAUGUGCAGGCCGGAGCUGUUUUCCGGUGGGGUUUGUGUUUGGGACGGCUUCAUCUUCUUACCAGUAUGAAGGUGCAGCGGAUGAAGGUGGGAGAGGAAGAAGUAUAUGGGAUACUUUCACUCAGAAAUAUCCAGAAAAGAUAAAGGACCAUAGCAGUGGAGCUGUUGCAGAUGAUUUGUAUCAUCGUUACAAGGAAGAUGUGGGUAUAAUGAAGGAUGUUGGUUUUGAUGCCUUCAGAUUUUCCAUCUCUUGGUCCAGACUUCUACCAAGUGGGAAGUUAAGCGGUGGAGUGAAUCAAGAAGGCAUCAAUUAUUACAACAAUUUCAUCAAUGAGCUCCUACAAAAUGGAUUACAGCCUUUUGUGACUCUAUUCCACUGGGACCUUCCACAAGCACUUGAAGAUGAGUAUGGAGGCUUUUUGAGUCCAAACAUUGUGAAUGACUUCCAAGACUACGCCGAACUUUGCUAUAGAAGCUUUGGUGACAGGGUGAAGCAUUGGAUCACCUUAAAUGAGCCCUACACCUUCUCCACCAUGGGAUAUACGUAUGGUAUAUGCCCUCCAGGUAGAUGUUCAAAGUGGUGGUCUGAAGACUGCAUUGCGGGCGAUUCUGGGACCGAGCCCUACUUGGUUUCACACCACCAGCUUCUUGCUCAUGCAGCUGCAGUGAAAGUCUACAGGGACAAGUACCAGGUCUCUCAAAAUGGUCAAAUUGGGUUGGCACUAAACACACCAUGGAUCGUGCCCUACUAUGACACACCUGCAGAUCGAAAUGCAGCAAACCGAGCCCUUGCUUUCUCGUAUGGAUGGUUCAUGGAGCCACUGAACUCAGGUGCCUACCCUACUGACAUGGUGAAUUACAUAAAAAACCGGUUGCCAGAAUUCUCUAAGGUGGAAUCCUUGAUGGUAAAAGGAUCUUAUGAUUUCAUUGGUAUAAACUAUUAUUCCGCACGAUAUGCCACAGAUGUUCCAUGCAAAAAUGAAAACAUGAGCAGCUACACAGAUGCUUGUGUUUACCUUACAUAUGAGAGAAAUGGAGUUCCCAUUGGCCCAAAAGCUGCCUCUGACUGGCUCUAUGUUUAUCCAGAAGGGAUUGGAGAUAUUUUACUCUACACAAAAGAGAAUUUUAACAAUCCCAUCAUUUACAUCACGGAAAAUGGAAUUGAUGAGCUUAAUACCAACACGAUAUUACUUGAGGACAAUAUGAGAAUAGACUACUAUGAUCAACAUCUUAUGUUCAUUCGACGUGCAAUGACGAAUGGGGCUGAUGUAAGGGGAUACUUUGCGUGGUCAUUAUUGGACAACUUCGAAUGGAUCAGUGGCUACACUGUUCGAUUUGGAAGCUACUAUAUCGAUUAUAAAGAUGGGUUGAAACGAUAUCCUAAAUCAUCAGCGAAAUGGUUCAAGAAUUUUCUUAAGGGGGGUUAGACUACUAAGUACUUUGUAAUUUCAUAAUAAUAAACUGGUUUUCCUUUUAAUAAUGCAAAGUUUUUGGAUUA